AUGCCUACGUUAAGGCAUCGAGAGAACUCGAACGGCCAAAGACCAAUGUCCUCUACCGAGCAUAUUAAGUCUUGCAAAGCUAGACUUAUUGCACUGAAGCCCAAGGAACUGAAACGUGGCUCUGAGGGCGUUUUCGGGUUUUUCAACGAUGUUUUUGAAGAUCUUUUUCGAAUUUUAAAGAACGGAACCGCCGUUGAUGAUAAAGAAAGACUUCUUUUGACUGACACAUUGGGGGUCUGGUUUUUGAGAACUCGGCAACUUUACGAAGCUAUAGAGCCAGUCAAGAGUCCAGAAGACAGCCGCUACCGAUUUAUAAACAGACUUGAAGAAGAAUACCUCACCGAAACAAACUGCGAUAUCUUUUUCCGUUAUGUGGUCGAUUUCUGGGACCAAGGUGGUACCGCGUUGACUAACUCUCUCAACGAUUUACUAGCAAAACUCAUUCAACUCGCAAAAUUGGUUAAAAUUGGCGCAGACUGGACUAACAUGCUCAAUAGAUGGAUUUCUCAGACACUAGAAAUCCCAGCCACAAUGCGGGUUUCUUACUUCUUACUAUACGUUUUGGCGCCCGAAGCUAAUCUGUCACAAGUCCUCGUACGCAGGCCCAAUUUUGUGGAAAGCUCACUCAGUCUCAUGUGGACCGAAUCUCUGGCAACACUCAUUGGGAAAUGCAUAGCGAGCCUUCUCAUCAACGUAUAUGAACAUGAUUAUAAAGAGAGUACCGACGCAUCUUCUUGGUUCGAGUUGUGGGAGAAACCAACCAUGCAUUUUUUUCAAGACACCCGCAUGCAAAAACGUAUCGAGGUUUGUGUACUGAUUCCAAUUUUCAAAACACUUGAUGGUAAGGUUUUCGAACAGUUUUUGAGCCGAAACUUUCCCAAAGAGGUACCAGAACUUAUUCCCUUUCUCAAGAUCGGCCAAGAACUUUUGAUUGAGGAAGCGCCAUUUGAAAAUAAUAGACUCGUAUCAUUGCAGUUCCUCGAGACGAUGUUGCAGCAAGACCAGUACAAGAUAUCGGUUUUUGAACUAUUGACAUUUUCUCCUAAAAGGUCGAAGACGCUAGCAUCAUACAUAUAUGACAUUCUGAGGCGAAACCUUCACAUCUUCUUUGUCGACAUCGAGGUCCGGUCUCGAAAUGAAUUCCUCAGUCUUUUCAAACAUUUGAUUGAUAGAAUUAGAGACUCUUCGUAUUCGCUUGACAGAGAUGUCAAGAAACUUCGAGCCAAAAACAAAUUUCCCGAAGAACAGGCUCAGAAGUCUGAGAUGAUUACCGAAGCUGUUCGAUUUGUGGAAUGGACCGUCGGCUUUUUGAAAUUUCAAUUAGCUCCUGGUUCUCAAUAUCAACGCCAGGUUGUGGCCACCAAGAUCUUGAAAAUUCUUGUUUCAUCCAGUGUGGACAAAACUAUACCAAAACAGUGCCUAGAUCCCCGCUUGAGAACUGAGUUUCCUUUCGAAGUUAGCAUUUCCAGAGAUAAAACGCUAAGAAGAGUUCUUUUGGAUAAUUUAUGCGACAACUUCAACGACAUUAGAGACAUUUGCCUUGAGCUAUUAACGACAUUUUCUCAAAGCUGUACCGACGAGAAUUUUCUUGAUGCUUCGCAUCGAGCAAAUUUGCUUGACCGAAGUCUGACGUUGAUCGGGUCCUACAAAGGAUGCGAAGGCGGGGCCAAACUGAUUGAUUUUUUGUUCAAGGCUUCUGAAAACAAAGAGGACAUCAUCGAGACAGUCUUGCUAGACCUUCAAAAUCGCAUCGAUUCCUCAAGAAACGAUUUCAUGGCCAACAUAGGGUCACCAGUAAACGGCUAUUUUCUGUCUUUGAGUCUCAUAAUUGCCAACACUUUCAUCGACACCGCUGAGGAAAAGAUUCUUCACAUUAUAGAUAGGUCUAUCGACCUCAUUAUGAGGAACUGGAACAAUGUGGAGUGUAUUUUAUGUGACGAUCCAUUCGAGCAAAAAGAUGGCGGGUUCGAAACCGCUCAUGAGGUGUCAGACCCGCAAGUGAUCAGCUACGCAUUCAGGUCCAUUAAGGACUCCUCUGAACUGCUCAAAACAUUGACGACCAUAGAAUGCCUAACCGAUGCGCAGCUUACCGCCUGCGGAGAGUUGAUGUUAAAACAGCUAUCUACCAUUCGCCACAGCGGAGCAUUCCAAUCUCUCAUACCAAGUUUUGCCGCAACCUGCCAGCGCUGUUACAAAGACCAGCCCCACGUUCUCGGACUCUGGCUCAAUUCGAUACUAGAAUCGCUUGAGACCAAAACGCAGUUCAUCACCAGACGUUCGGGCGGCAUACCGCACAUCAUCUGUAGCAUAGUCGGCUCCGAGAAGGGUGAGAGCAGACCGCUGUUGAAAAUAACUUUUGAGAGACUGAUGAAGAUUGCAACCAUUCCAGUAUCUGAGCACGAGGAAACUGUUGAUCUUCCUCAGGUGAAUGCCUAUAAUUGCAUAAAGGCCUUAUUUGUUGAAUCCCCAUUAUCAGAUGCAUGCGCGCCAUAUGUGUACCAAUCGCUGGUCCUGUGCAUUCAAUCAUUCACAUCGCCUCUUUGGUCGCUUCGAAAUUGUUCUUUCAUGUUAUUCUCUGCACUGCAAAAUCGACUAUUUGGGAAAAUAGGCAAAAACAUUAGCGCUCGCUUAUUUUUCGCUCGCUACAACGGUGUCCAGGACAUUUUGCGCUCUCAGUUUGAAAAGUCAGUCAAUGGGUCUUUCAACAAUCAACAAAAUCUGGAGCUGCAGCAGAAGGACGAGGUUGGGGAAAGUUCUAUGCCCUCCCUCGAUUCUCAAGUGGAAGCGAUUUUUUUGGUUUUGACACUUUUGUCGAGACUUAAGCAAACGCCCGGUUUCGAUGGGCUAGACCGUUUCAGAACCCUUGUCACCGCCUGUUUGAAAUCCCCCAACUGGGCAGUAAGGCAAUUGGCAGCGCGAACAUUGCCAGGCCUUGUUAACAAUCCCUCAGAGCAGAUAAUGGAAUUUUUAGAGAAGCUUUUCGGUUCAAAUUGCAGUCAAAAUGAGGUGCACGGACUGAUCAUUAGCAUAGCAGAGCUCGUCGAAGCCGAUUCUCGAAGUUUGUCGAGUAACGACUCGCGCAAGCUUGCGAGCACAUUGUUACGCGGAGUGUCCAAGUUUGUCGUUGGCAGCACCUGCUUCGCCACUGCAAAUGCAUUUGUCAAAUUGUUGACUCUUGUUCUGUCUAAGUGCCCCGUGGAUGCUGUGGGAAAAGGAAACAUGGUGACGGCUUUAGGAAACCAUUUUAUCGAUCUUAAUGGGGCGUAUUCCAUAGACGGAGCAAAACAGCUUCUUGUGCGCUCUACUUUGGAGCUUCUUUUGAAAAACGAGACGCAAGAAAACAUUCCGUAUUUAGUGGCUCUUGCUCUUCGAUCUCCAUUUUUCGAGGCUCAGAUAGCUGCUGCAAAUUUUCUUUUUGACGGCUCGAGCAAGGUUCCAUCAAAUUCUGCAGUCAUUGUGGAAGCGCUUCUUGAAGCUCUGUUGGAUGAUUCAUUGGAUGAAUUUAUCAAGCUCCCGCUUCUAAAGGCGCUUGUUAAGCUCGAAGUGCGGAUAGAUUAUAGCUUUUUGAUGAACAUCAUCAAGACGUCAAGAAAUCACGAUCUUCGAGCUGUUGCUCUUGAAUAUGCAGGACAAUUUGUGCACGGCUUUGAAGAAGAUUACCUGACCACUGUAUCCUCUUUUGCUGAUGACGAGGCGCCUUUCGAAUUGAGAGAAGCUGCUCUAAUUUCGCUCAUCAAUGCCACCAAACGCCACAGCAAUAUCGAUAUGUUUUUUCUGGCGGAAACCUUUCUUUACGACGACGAUCUUGAGCUUCGUAGCAUGGCUUCUGAGCAUCUGAACAAGACCCUUUUGGAGCUUGAACCUAAUGCGCAACGUGUCAAUUUCUCAUCUACGGCGCGGAUGUUUGCCAGGAAAAUGGAAACAGAGCCAGGGGCCCGCUCUUUGGCCCUUGCAAAACUGAAGCGCGAUUUGGAACCACUUACAAUUAGUUUGGGCAUGAAUAGAAUCAGCGAAGAUCUAUUUGAGGUGGAACCCGCAAAUCAGUUUAGAAACGUCUUGGAGGCAGAACUAAGAAAUGCUCAGAUUUUGAUAGAGGGUGUUGGUGAGGAAGUGAACGACCACAAGAACAACGACAGCGGCGACAAUAUUGCGGGUUACGUAUCUUCUAUUGUGCGCGAUCUCGUUUCGCGCAUCGAGGAAAUGGACACUUGCGAUGGACCCAUGGAGUGGGGGUCCGCUCCACGCUGUUUUUCCCAGUUGGUAUGCCUUCGCAGGUUGGCCACAGGUCUCGAUAUUCCCGAGCGUGCAAGACUAGAUAAAACGCUGAGAAAGUUCCAUUGUCACCCGCUGGUAUUCGAGCUCACAGACACUCCACCGGUUGCAUUCAUAUAA